AUGUCCUGCUUGGCCUUGGCAUCACCCCGCCAGAAGCCUCGUAAGGAGGAGGGUGAAGAGCACCCGAAGCAGGAGCAUGGGAAACAGGCGAAACAGGCGAAGCCGACACGCCAAUUCCCGAAAGGGCCUUUCCCCAUGACGCAGGCCGUGCGCCAAGCUUGGCUGAAGAGCGUCAAGGAGACAUUGGAAGAAAGCAAGAAACAGUUCGAAGAGAGAACUCGCAACUACAAAAAGAAGAAGCUGUCAUUAAACCUCCCGGACCUGCCAUCGUGGGCGGAACUCACCAAAGACGUCGAACAAAGAGAGUGCCACUGGAUCGAAAGAUUCUGCAUUGGAAUCAGCGGUGACAUCCAGACUGUGUUCGAAGGAGAUGUGAUGCCGGACGAAGUUCGGCUGUUUCUGGAGGAGAGGCAACCUAUCGUCGGAGACGCAUUCAAGAAGCUUAACGAAAUGGAUCCUCUUCUGGAGCGGUGCGAAUCCCGAGAGCAGGCGGACAAAGUAACCUGGAACAGCGACAUUGGUGGCAUCAUCAGCGCGCUUAGUCACUGCGACCUCAGCGGCCAGGAUCUGCGUGGCGCGCAUCUGCAGGGUGACCUUCUUUGUACGUACCUGACGGAGGCGAAUCUGUGCGGUGCGGACCUUGAAGUUGGGGCGCACGCAGCGAGGCUUACUGGUGCAAAUCUAUCAGGAGCAAGGGGUGUAUUUCGCGGCGCUUUCUCACACUUGGACAGAUGUCUCAUUCGCGGGGCCUCGCUCAGAAUCUUUGUCGAGUUUUCUACUUGCGAGGAAGUUCGGCUAGAUGGCUCAGCUUUGGAGGCGCGGUUCGCAUUUUCAAAAAUGAGGAACGCCUCCCUUGUAUGCGCCGACUUGCAGAAUGUAGACCUGUCGGGCACAGAGCUGGAAGGAGCGCUCCUUUCAGGGUCCGACAUCAGCGCCGCAACGUGGAGAGUACCCCCGGUCAUCCCCACUGCACGAGGCAUCCAGGUCACAGCCCUGCCUCCGGUGUCCUUCGUCAAGAAGGCCUCUGGCUUCUCCAGCCAGGGUUUCCUGCAAGGUCUCGGGCGCGCAGCACUGAGGGCAUUUUGGGGCAGCGAUGGGGAUGGAGAGGAUUCCGACGAUGAGGGUGACGACGCAGACUCCGACGAAGAGGAGGAUGCCGUGGAUGAAAAGGCAGAUGAUCAGCAAGACGGCACUGGGUUCGGUGAUGUGUUGUUGCAAGAGGUAGAGGAGCAGUCCUACCGCUUGCUGGACCAGGGUGCCUCAGCCCUGGGCUCAAAGAUUGACACAUCCUUGAGCGAAGCUCUGAAGCAGGCGGAGCAGCAUGUGGGCCGGGUAAUGACUCAGCUGGAUGCCGCGGCAAAGCCGCAGGCAGCCGCGCUCUUGAAAGUUCUGCGGAGCAACAAGUUCCAGCAGCAGCUGCAGAGUGCACCCACGGCACAGAAGGUCUUGCAGAGCACCUUGAGAGUGUUGUCCAAGACUACGGGCGGGAAGUUCAUGAAAGCCUUUCGCAAGUUUGAGGCUGGACUCCAGUCUGCCGAGGAAGGUGACUUCUCCCAGUUCAUCAUGAAGUUGGGCGACUCUCACCUCCAAGCUCAAACAGGUUACACGUCAGCCCAACUGCUGGGGUUUUUGAGGUUUUCACGCGCACAGAUGGCAGCAGACAAGCAGGAGUUGGAGGACAUCCUUGACUAUGUGGCCAAACUACAGGACACCGUGAACAAAAACAACUGGGAUGACGUGGUAGACAACUUCAUGUGCCUUUACGACUUGCGAGCUAGGUUGACAGGCGAGCGGAGCCGCCAGGUCUUCAAAGAUAUAUGGAAAGGCGAUUCCAUUCGAGAGAAGGUUGCCGUGGGAGUGGUGUUCCAGGAAGUGUCAACCCCGGACAAACCUCCGGACUAUGUCAUCCACGAAGUGAAGGAUGCUGUCCAAAUCGUAAAGAAGCAUGCCGUGCCAUGGAGGAAGGCCCUGAACAGGGAGAUAGCCGCGAUCGAGCUGGCCAAGACGAAGCAAGAACAGUUCUUUGCCUUCAUGAUCUCCGUGAUCACAGGUGUGUUCAUGUUCGUGGCCAGCUUUUUUUCUGGCCUGGCACUAGAUGCAGUCAGGGACGGUACAGUGUCAAUUCCUUUUCUCUCCGAUACCUUGUUUCAGGAAAACAGCACGGUCAGCAGCUUGUAA